AUGGAUGCCAUAACAUUCAGAUUUUUGAUGAGCUUAGCAGCGUCUCAAAAUCUUGAAAUGUAUCUCAUGGAUGUUGUGACAGCAUAUCUAUAUGGAUCUCUUGAAAAUGAGAUAUAUAUGAAAAUCCCAGAAGGAUUAAAAAUGCCUGAGGAUUUGAAAUCAAAGGCUAAGGAGAUCUGUUCGGUCAGAUUACAGCGAUCACUUUAUGGACUAAAACAGUCCGGACGCAUGUGGUAUAAUCGCUUAAGUGAAUAUUUGUUGAGUAAAGAUUACGUCAACAAUGCGAUAUGCCCUUGCGUAUUCAUUAAGAAAUCCUCGUCAGGAUUUGUGAUUAUUGCUGUAUAUGUAGAUGACCUGAACAUGAUUGGAACUCAAAAGGAAAUUGAUGAUGCAAGAACUCAUAUGAAAGAAGAGUUUGAAAUGAAAGAUCUUGGAAAGACAAAGUUUUGUCUUGGGCUCCAGAUAGAGCAUUUCCAAGAUGGUAUAUUUGUGCAUCAGUCAAAUUACACUAAAAGAGUGUUAAAACGCUUUUAUAUGGACAAAGCAACUCCUUUGAGUACUCCAAUGGUUAAUAGAUCUCUUGAUGUUGAAAAGGAUCCAUUCCGUCCUUGUGAGGAUAACGAGGAAGUGUUAGGUCCUGAAGUACCUUACAUGAGCGCUAUUGGUGGACUAAUGUAUCUUGCAAAUUGCACUAGACCAGAUAUAGCAUUCGCUACUAAUCUGCUUGCAAGAUAUAGUUCGUCCCCUACGCGCAGACAUUGGAAUGGAAUAAAACAUAUUUUUCGUUAUCUUCAAGGAUCAAUUGAUUUAGGAUUAUUUUAUCCUAAAAACUCAAAAUGUGUUUUAGUUGGUUUUGCUGAUGCAGGAUAUCUAUCAGAUCCACACAAAGCUAGAUCACAAACAGGUUAUGUUUUCACAAUUGGUGGAACCGCGGUCUCCUGGCGUUCGCAAAAGCAAACUUUGGUUGCAACGUCUUCAAAUUAUGCAGAAACUAUUGCUCUCCAUGAAGCAUGUAGAGAGUGUGUGUGGCUCCGGUCUAUGACUCAUCACAUACAAGAAUCAAGUGGAAUAGUCACAGAGAAAGAGCCAACAAAAAUAUUUGAAGACAAUUCUGCAUGUGUCACACAACUCAAAGAAGGUUAUAUCAAGAGUGACAGAACGAAGCAUAUUCCUCCAAGAUUUUUCUCAUACACUCAAGAACUCCAGAAAAAUCAAGAAGUGGACAUCGAGUAUAUUCGUUCAAGUGACAAUGCAGCCGAUCUUUUUACAAAGGCGCUUCCUACUACAGUGUUCAAGAAGCAUGUUCACAGUAUCGGAAUGCGUCGUCUACAAAACUUGUGA